UGGCCGCGGUCAGAGCGCGGCGAAGUUAAAAUGGAUCAUCUUCGCAGGUAUAUUGAGGACGCUAACACGGCACCUACCACUCCAUGUGGUUUAUCGAUUGGCAGUCCAAGUCAACGGUUUUUUGAUAGCGAGAGUGAUAACGAUGAUCAUCAACAUUAUGGUACAUGCAAUGGCUACAAUUCACAUCCCGGCAGCAAAUCCAAUCUUCUCCUCUGUAUGCAGUGUGAUUUAGAAGCACGAUCAUGCUCUUAUCGACCACGAAUAGUAAUCGACAAAUCUGGCAAGUCAGUCGAAGAUGAACGAGCUAUAAGAUGUGAAGAAUGUUUUACAGCUAAACUGCAAUCGUCUUCUGAUGAUUGCCAAUGCAUGCAUUGUGACUAUCCAAUUCGUGAAGAAGCUGAUUUAAUUUGCUUUCGGUGUGAAAAUGAAGAAGAGCAAACGACUGAAGAAGAAGGUGUCUUUUGUUCUAAAUGUGAAGAGCCAAGUACUGAGACAACAGAAAGUCCAGGUCAAAAUGGCUCUGGUACUCAAUUAACCUCUUCAUCAAGUGAAAAUGGUCGCUAUCCUAUUGACGCGGUUGUAAAAAUUCAAGUUAAUGAUAAAUUACUAGAUGAUUCUGAUGACACUAACGAUGAAUCGAGUAUCCUAGUCAAUCAAGAGAUUGGAAAUAUCGCUGCCAAUCGUCUCUCACCAAUCGUCGAAUAUAUGCAGUCAGAUAGUAAUAAUGAACAAGAGGAUGAGAAUCAAUUAGAUGAAUCUAAAAUACGGUAGUUCUUUCAUCAAAAAAAUUUUUAUAUAGUUAUAUUUCAUGUGAUUGAUAUCAUUGUCACUUAAAUCUGUCAAUUGAAACAUAAGACUGUCAUUAAUCUGUAAUAUUCAUUUAUUACUAAAUUUGUUAUACAUUUGCAGUGUUCUUUUUAAUGAAAAAAAAUUAAUUAAUUUAAUUCUUUUGGCUUUUAAAUAUAAAUUUUCAUGAAAUAUAAAUAAUUUUUUAGUGAAAAAACUACCUUGAAUAAUGAAGAAGAUGAUGUUAACAAUAAAUAAAAAACUAGUGCUUUUUUUGUAAAUAUAUUAAAAACACCGUAGCCUUAUUAACCACAUUUUAAUACGGAGAAGUCCAGUAGUUUCUUUAAGGAUUUAUGAGAAACAUACUGAUGACGCUCAAAGAAAAUUUAUUUGAUCGCACUGUAAAUAGUAAACUGCCAAUAAUAAUGUGAAUUAAGGUAAAAUCUAAAAAAGUAAUGGGAGAAGAAACUUUUUUUUGGAUUUUUUGCAUGAAUAUUAAUAAACUUCUUAAGUGUAGAGUUUAUGAAUUCCUGAUAAUUAAAUUGAGCUGUAGUCGGGUGACAAAAAAUAAUGGAGUAAAUAAAUUAAAAAAAAAAAAAAACCAAAAAAACGUGAGAGGGUAAAUAGUAAAAAUUGCAAACGAAAAAAUUCGAUGCAGUUUUUGAAUUAUUUAAACACGACAUUUGGCUCGUGUUCGGGACCAAGAAAUGCCUGAAUUCGCAAAUAUAAAUCUUUAGGUCUACUCUGAAUGAGUAUUGACUCUUGUCAGCAUGAAUAAUCGGUCCAUCAAUUUCUUUUCAAUUAAUAAUUAAAUCAUUAAACAUUGAUCAUUCUCCCUCUGACAUAUUCUGAUAAAUAUUUCCAAUUGACUUCUUUUAAGAAUAAUCGUAUAGACAAAUAUGUAUAGAUAUAUAUAAAUGAAAGAGAUGUACAUUAGUUUAAAAUUAAGAAAAAAUGGAGGAAGACAGUUAAUUUGAGGACAUGAUGAAAUAUCCUUGAAAAUAAAUCAGUCAUUGUGACUAAUAUAAAUUAAGCCUAUCAUCAAUGCAUACAUAUUUGAAUGUUUUGUCUGGUGCAUCUAAUUAAAUAUGAUAAAAAUCAAGUAAUCUCAUUGCAAUAAUUAUUAAUUAAUAAUAAUUAAGAUUAAUAAAUAUGAGUGAUUCGUCAAUGAAAUUUCACGCCCCCAACAAUUGGCUAAUAUCUAUAUGAUGAAUCGAGUCGACUGCCUUUUAUUAUACAACGAUUAUUAAUAAUUUUUAUUAAAAAAUAAAUAAAAAAAAAAAUUUUAAAACGUAUAGCUAACUUGAUGAAUUUUUUUUAGAUUGAUUCAACUAGAAUAUUUCUCACGCAUUUCUGAUUGUCAUGAAUUUUCUUUUUAAUUAUUUUUACCAGAAAAAAUGUAUAAUUCUACUGCCAUCUUAUAUAGAAAAUAAAAAAAAAAAAUUUUUUUAGUCAGUAUCGAAGGCGAUUUAAAAACAAUGUACAUAAUUGAUGCUGUAGACACAUUACAUAAUUGAAUAUACAUGAGAACGAGAGAUCAAUUAUAUUACGAGCACAUUUUACAUUCGUAAUUAAUUGAAUACAAAGCACUAAUUGAAUGUAUGUCUAUUCUAGAAAAUUAAAUAAUAAUAUUAAUAACAACAAUAAUAAUAUUUAUAACAAAUAUUAAUUUAAAUAGAAACGAAGAGACUAAAAAUACGUGUAAAUCGAAAAAUCCAUUAUGUAAUUAUAUCAUAUUCAUUUAAUAAUUUAAUAAUUAAACGAAAAAAAUGAUGAAUAAAAAAAUUAUCAACGAUUAGUCAUAAUUUUUGUGCAGUUGAAAUGAUGAAUAGCUAUGAUGCAGUGAAUUAGUGGCAGUAAUUUUAACAGUUAAAUCAUUUAAAAGUAAAACGUUGGGAGCGUAAGAUUUUGUUUGAUUGCUUGGAGACAUCGCUCGACCAUCAAAAUGAUCAGUCAAGUUAUUAAAUUACUAAAGUUUCAAUCAGACGAAUAGGAAUUGUGUAAAAUGUAUAAUAUUUAUUUCAAAAAUUGGUUGGUAGUUGUUUGAACAAAUUUUAACUAGAUGAUUUAUACCAGAUAAAAAGAGUUAAAACAAAAUUAUUAAAAAUUAAUAAAUUAUUUAUAAUAAUAUUUAUAUGAAAGAACUUAUAGAAAAUGAUUUUAUUUAUUUUUAUUUCUUAUUAAGAUAUCUAAGAGAUUUAUUUUUUAAUAAUAUUAGUUCUCACUUUUUAAUAAUAAACGUGAUACAGAGUAAUGAAUUGAUAAGUACAUGAAUGGAAAAAUAUUAGAUACAUCAUAAUUCUCAAGAGUUAGUGAUUCCCAAAUGUGUUAAAGAAUGAAUAUAAAAAAAACUUAAAAAGUAAAAACUCUCACGGUAGUUUAUAUAAAAAUAAAUGUAAGGAUUACACAUUAAGUGUGUAAUUUUCAUUAAUAUAAUUCAUUGGAUAGUUAAUUCAAGAAUCAAUCAUUAUAUUUCAUUA